UGGAAUUUGUACCUAUUUAUACUUGUAAAAAAAUAACUGCAUAAAGUGCAACUUUGUUUCUGUAGGUUUUUUUUUUUUUUCUAGAAACCACAUUAAUAACAGGAAAUAAAGAGUUCUGCUUUCAGAGCUGGGGAAAUCGAAAGCUAUGAACACUGCUGGGAAGAAUCCUAUUUCAUCACAACCCUCCCUGGGGAGACAGCAGGGAGAGGCAGACAUCCAGCACUGCUCCACUUAGGAACUUACUUUAACCAGUCCCUUGUCUUCCCUGUUAUUCUGUAAAUACCACAUUUUCUCGGCAUUCAGUGAGAGUGCAACACCUACAUUUUGAGAGAUUUAUCUUCCUACUCAAAAUAGGCAAGCUCCAUUUCCUGACUUGCUGAAGAUCUAUACUCUGGACACCACUGAGACAUUUCCAGCGAGGAUUCCUGAGAAGGGUAAGAUUGGCGAUGGCCUUUCUCUCAUGAUAGCAUGCAUGCCACCUUCCAGCACCACAGAAGUUUUCUAGUAGGAAUGUAGCUCCUGAACUCAUCCAUAAUUUUAGAGAUGGCAAGCAAAUUCAAGAAAAUUGUUCUUCUAAAAGGAUUACAGGUCAUGGGGGACUAUGAGUUUAGGACAAUCAAGUCCUUACUAAGAAAAGAACUAAAAUUAACUAAAAAGCAAGAGGAGUAUGACAGAAUUCAGAUGGCUGACCUGUUGGAGGACAAGUUCCCAAAAGAUGCUGGACUAGCCAAGCUGAUAGAAGUGUGCAAAGACGUUGAAGAACUUAAAGACCUUACUGAAGGGCUUAAAACAGAGAAGGCUAAAGUUACAAAACAAAAGAAAGGAGAACGGAAAACUGCGGUGAAAAACAGAAACCAAGAUGAACCCAGUAGUUCCCCAACUCCUGCCACCAAUAAUGAAUCAAACAAGAAUAAACCUUCUUCAAAGAACAAGAUAAAACAAACCAGAAAAACUGAAGUUGGAAAGAAAAGGAAGCUUACUGAGGACGAGACUCAGCUUCCAGAACCUUCAGAAACCAACACACAAAAAGAUGAAGGUUGUUUCCAGACUCCCCAUAAGCCUCCACCAACAACAUCCACUUGUUCCUCAAAGAAGAAACAAAAAAACACAAUUAUCCAAAAACAUGGUAUCAUAAAGACAGAAGUUCCACAGGAAAAGCAGCAGCUUCCCCAAUUUUCAGCAACCAGCAACUCCUCAGCUGUGAGUGAACUCCAGACUCUCCAGGGACAUUCAACCAUUGCUUCCAGCAACCUUCAGAUUCCUCUGAUGCCUCUAGAAUCAUUCUUGGCUUUAAAGAUGUUGCAGGCCUCUACAGUACCAAAUUGCCAGAAUUUUCCACCGUCAGCAUCACACUCCUGUAUCCCUCUGAACUGUCAUGUGUCUCCUGCACCGUUUAGUGCAGUGAAGGCUCCUCAUGAACCUUCAGCAACAGCAUCUAGCAAUGACUGUGUCCCUGUCAUGCUUCCAGAAACAGUGUCCAGAUCUCUCAGUGCUCCUCAGAUGUCUCCAACCAUAGUGCCCAGCAGUGUCCAGGACCAUCUCCUACCUACAUCAACAGCAUUCGGUAGCACACAGGCUUCUCACAGUCAACUAAUAACAUCCAAAAGUGUAAAAAGUACUAGAGGGCCUUCAGCAACGCUGACAAGCAAAUCCAAGAUGUCUCCUCCCGCAGCAGCAUCGAGCAAUGCUCAGGUUUCCCAUGCUCCUCUUGCAAAUGCAUCCCAAAGAAACUCUGCCACUCAGGUGCCUCAAAGACCGAAACCCUGUAGCAUUCAGGCACUUAACUCUACAGCAAAGGCUACAGUAAAGGCAUCCAAGAAUGUCCAGACCCAUCAAGUGUUUUUACCAGCAGAGGCCAAUUAUUUCCAGGCUUCGGAGGCACCUCCUCCACCAACAUCCAGCAGUCUUUCCACUCCUCAGGUGUCUAUGUCAACAGCGACAAGCAGAGUCCAGACCACUCAAAGGCAUCCAGGAACAGCAUCCAACUGCAUUCAGGCUUCUCACUUUCCUCUGCCAACAGUGUCCAGAAACGUGUGCACCUCUCAAGUGCCUCAGCUAGCAGCAUCCAGUACUGGGCCGGCCAUUCCCCAUCCUAAAGUAAAAGCAUUCAAGAGCACCCAGGUACCUCAGGCACCCUCAGCAACGGCAUCCAGCACUCUCAGGCCUCCGUGUGCAUCUCUACCACCAACAGCCAGCGCUCUCCUGGAACCACGUUCAUGUCUACCAAAAUCAUCCAGAAAUUUCCUGGCUCCACCCAUGUCCACAGUAACAGCAUUAGGGGCUUGCCAGGCUACUCCAGUGCCUCCAGCAACAACAAACAGCAGUCUAUCCAGGAGAGGAAUUGUACCAAAGAAGCCUUCUAAGGAAGAAGGUCAGCAUCAAGGUCCCAAACAAGUGAUGGUGUUGAAAGUAACAGAACCAUUUACUUAUGAUAUGACAGAGGACAAAAGGAUGUUCCACGCUACAGUUGCUACUGAGACGGAAUUCUUCAGAGUGAAGGUUUUUGACACAGCCUUAAGGAAAAAGUUCAUCCCUCAAAAGAUCAUUAUCAUAUCAGAUUAUUUUGGAGCCAAUGGGUUUCUGGAGAUAUACAAAGACUCCUGUGUGUCUGAUGUGAAUGUUAAACAAAUAAUGGUUAUCUCGAAUACACUGAGGCAGAAAGCUAACGAAACUCCCAAAAUUUCUCAUCUGCUUACACAAACAAAUGGGACAUUUGUGAAUGGAGAGUUUGUAGUAACGAAGAAAAAUAAGAGGAAAGAAUUAAUUUACUAUGGAAUUGAAGAUGAAACAGGAAAAAUGGAAGUGGUGGUAUACGGACGGCUGACCAGGAUCAACUGUGAGCCAGGCAAUAAACUUAGACUCAUCUGCUUUGAGUUGACCCAAAGUGAAGAUAUGUGGCAGCUGAGGUCUUCAAGGCACAGUUACAUGCAGGUCAUCAGUGCUGGAAUGUGAAGGAAAGCCACUCAGCCCUGGUUCAGUUAUGAAAACCUCCCUAGAACUAUACUUCUGAAAACCUGGAUGCCAAUGAUAAUGUUUAUGGAGAUAAGAACCAAGUACAGAAAAUGAAUGUGUAUAUGACCUGUUGAAACACCAUACCUAUAAAAUCCAGCUGUUAAUUCUAGGAAAUGGUGCUUUCUUACAUUUUUUAUACAUUUGUGUACUAUCUAAAUUUCAUAUUUUGUAUCUAUAAGUUUUAUACCUAAAACGACAACAAAAAACAGUUUCUGUAAAUCAGUGCUUCCCUGGGAGUAUCUUUAGCCUUUUAAGAGUUGCUGUACAAAAAAAAAAAAAAAAAAAAAAAAAUUACUGCAUUGAA